AUGACAACGAACGUGAGCGUGUACCUGCAGAACCUGGCGGCGGCGGACUUCCUGCUGAGCCUGUGCCUGCCGCUAAGGAUCCUGAACUACGGCAGCGGGCGGGUUCUAGUCCGGCAGCUCUACUGCCACUUCGGGGCCGCCGCCUUCUACCUGAACAUGUACGCCAGCAUCCUGUACCUGAAGAUAGUCCGUCCCUUACGAUCUCACAUCCUGCAGCGGGUGAAACCGGCUCGCAUCAUUUCGGCGUUGACCUGGUGCUCCCUUCUGUCGGUGACGGGCUCCUACGUGCUCCUGUCCCUGCUCACCCAGGACACCCCGGAGUCUCUGUCCACCAUGGUUAGCUGCGACAGCCUGCACAGCCCGCAGCUGCGCCUACUCUACCGCGUCACCCACAUCUGCUCCGCCGCCGUCUUCCUGGUGGUCCUGGUAUCCCUGGUGGUCUUCUACCACAGCACCUCCCGCCGCCUGGCCCAGGCCCAGAGGAACCAGCCCUCCUCCUCCAGCUCCAGGAGCCUCUCCAAGUCCCGGAGGAACAUGCUAGUGCUGGUUAGCGUCUUCACCGUCUGUUUCGUUCCGUACCACCUGGUCCGGGUCCCUUACGCCUUCCAGAAGAACUGGUGGUGCUGGAGCCGGUGGCUGUUCUACCUGAAGGAGGUGACCAUCGUGCUGUCGGCCCUCAACGUCUGCCUGGACCCGCUCAUAUACUUCAUCUUCUGCAAGGCCUUCCGGGCCCAGAUGAGGAUAAAGCGGUCCUUUAGCACCACCAUGGCCCAGACGCAGAACUUUCUCGCUAACUUAGAUGUGUAA